AUGGAUACUACCCUGUCUCCGGUUGGGAACCAUGAGCAAUCGCCUAUUCGACUUCGGCUGGAUCUUUUGGAACGACUCCAUUGGGAUGUCUUCGGUUCGCUGGAAGACAUCCAAGUCAAAAAUAAGAAGGAUAUUUUAACGCCUUUCUCGGGCCAUCGCAUUGCUUCCGAGUCCUUGGCAAAUCCACCCUUCACCAACAUCGAGGUCAACAUCGAUAGGUGCACGCAGAAGGCCGCUCUCGACGAGACUAACGAAGACGAGGACCCAUAUGAGGCACCAGAGCCGCUAGUCAUUAACAAGGAGGAUGGGUCUCCAAUAUCGCUGCAAGAUUUCGUCUUCCAAGUUCACGAAUAUCUCAACGCCAACAAGGAACAGCUUUACAAAUGCGAAGACGAGAUGUACAUGAAUCCAGUAGCCCUCGGCGACGGUCAACAAGCGGUUGAAGUCAAUCCUAAUGACGGUGAAGGCGUUCCCGAUGGCGAUGAAGACGCACCUGGAUCCGAGGACGAGUCAAUGGAGCGUGAUCAUUUCCUCAGAAGCGGCAAUAUCCCUGAAGGAAACCGGUUCUUUUUCGAUCAUGCUAUGCUCAACGAGGUUGACACAUACGAAUAUGACAUUUACGUAUCUGUAUUUGUUGAGGGGCAUAUGGGACUUUCGCUUGAGAAAUUCUUGGCGAGAAAACUCAGGCCAUAG